AGCCACUUUUUAGUUGCAAAGACGGCCGACUCAGAGCAACAAGUUUAGUACACACAAGUAUAGUGAUCUCAGUGCCAGUUUGAUCUUCGAGUCCUCCCACACCUAUUAUGAGAAUGCAGGUUGUGCGCUUCAAUAAGCAGAACCUAGCGUUAAUUUGUGCACUCGCGUCAGUCCUUUACUUUUUGCUGCACGCCAAGACGCAGCACAUAGAGCUCGAGUAUGUGGUGGACGAGAAGGCGAUUCUUGUGUGGGAGCACGUCGCAGACUUCAACAAUAUGAUGGCCCUCAACCCUACGAUACUGGAUUUUGACAUUAUUGAGGACAAAGGAAACUACAAGAAUUGGCAAUACACGGUGCACUACACCGAACACCUCUCGAAUUUCCCUUCCAUAAAAAACAAAGCAGUUGGAUUUUACACAGUCCGGCCAGACGGAAGUGAUUUUCUUAUCGAAUCCACCCAUAAGACUUGCUUUUACAAUUUGUACUGCUUGUCCUCCGCCUCAGAGUUCAGGUUCAGAAUGAGAGGUGCUUCUCAGACAACUUGCUUGGAGAAAAUUGACUUUCAAUGCCCUUACUUGUUCACCAAGAUUUGCACAUCAGAGGCUAUGCACCAGAGGGCGAUGAUCAGGGAUAAAUUGAUCCAGUUCUUCAAAGAAAAUGCUAACCAGGCGUGAUUGUUGCUUUACUUUGAAUUUCUAAAACACUGUGCCAAAGGCUACGAAUCUCACUAUAAUUUAUUUACUCCAUUUUUAUGGAAUAAAUGAUGCUCGCUUAAAUUGAUAUUCUAAACUACGCAUUGAUCCAAAAACUGUUUUAAAAUUUAAAGCGGACAAAUACAUAAGCAAUACAUUCAAGUUGUUGCCAGAAUGCAUUUGAAUUGAGAGAGCGCAGAUGUGAUGCGUGGUUGACAGGAAGUGAAUUAGAACAUCCUUGAUAAAGCAGCACAGCGUUACUCGCUACAGAGCAACGCACAAAAACUGACACGCAGCCAGUAUGACAAUUAGGAUUCUUUUUAUUGCUGCUCUCCUAAUAAUAUAUGUGAGAUGAAAUUAUGUGUAUGAUACAAUGCAUUGAUCAGACUUAUCUUAUAAAACUAAUCCAAAGUUUUAGUAACUAAUCACAAAAUUUUUCACCAAAUACCUAUACUAUUUUUGAUUGAUUAAAAUAAAUUUCCAACUUGAAUCUA